UAACUGUUAUUGGUUGGUCUACAGACCUAUCAUAUCUAACUGUUAUUGGUUGGUCUACAGACCUAUCAUAUCUAACUGUUAUUGGUUGGUCUACAGACCUAUCAUAUCUAACUGUUAUUGGUUGGUCUACAGACCUAUCAUAUCUAACUGUUAUUGGUUGGUCUACAGACCUAUCGUAUCUAACUGUUAUUGGUUGGUCUACAGACCUAUCAUAUCUAACUGUUAUUGGUUGGUCUACAGACCUAUGUCCUACUGGUUAUACUGUGUAAAGUUAUUUACUAGAAUGAUUUUAAUAUUUACCUGAACACUCUUCUCUGUGUCUGAAAGGUCUUUGGGAGCAGUGUCUCCUGCUCCAAGCCAACUCUCCUUGAGAAGUGACCACUCCAUGGAUCGACCAAUCACAUCUACAAAUGGAGAUCUCAGAUGGAGAUCGCAGGUACGUAGUGACCUCUCCAUGGACCCACCUAUCACAUUUACAGAUGGAGAUCGCAGGUUUGUGUGUGUUAUUCUAUCUGUUCAAAUGUAUUAUUGAUUGAGUUCAGUAAGUUGUGCUCUAGCGUUAUGAUAGAAAAUACUGUUACUGUACAGUAUUAUAAUUUUGGUUAUACUGUACAUUUUCCAUAACUGACUGACAGAAAUAUACUUCAGUUAUUGAUUCAGAUGUACAUAUAAUUCUGUCUUUGUUUAAAUCCUCCUUUCCACAGUGGUAAUCAGGAGAGGGUGGUGUCUCCGUGUCUGUCCAUGAAGAGUGAUUCGUCCAUGGACAGGCCCAUUAUGUUUGGAAAAGGUGCCAGUGUAAAACAGGAGAGGGUGGUGUCUCCGUGUCUGUCCAUGAAGAGUGAUUGGUCCAUGGACAGGCCCAUUAUGUUUGGAAAAGGUGCCAGUGGUAAUCAGGAGAGGGUGGGGUCUCCGUGUCUGUCCAUGAAGAGUGAUUGGUCCAUGGACAGGCCCAUUAUGUUUGGAAAAGGUGCCAGUGGUAAACAGGAGAGGGUGUGGUCACCGUGUCUGUCCAUGAAGAGUGAUUGGUCCAUGGACAGGCCCAUUAUGUUUGGAAAAGGUGCCAGUGGUAAUCAGGAGAGGGUGGGGUCUCCGUGUCUGUCCAUGAAGAGUGAUUGGUCCAUGGACAGGCCCAUUAUGUUUGGAAAAGAUGCCAGUGAGCUGACAGCCAGUCUACUGACAGAGGACCACUUCAGAUGUUCAGUGUGUACAGAGGUUCUCAAAGAGCCAGUCUCCAUCCCCUGUGGACACAGUUACUGCAGACAGUGCAUUGAGACCCACUGGAACCAGCCUGACCAGACAGGAGACUACGACUGCCCCCAGUGCAGAAAGAGAUUCAGAACACGUCCGGACCUCUUCACUAACUCAGCCUUGGAGAAGGUGAUUGAGAAACUCCACCAGGCAGGGUUCAAGGUCCCUGCUCUCCCCAAGCACUGCUACGCUGGACCUGGAGAUGUGGCCUGUGAUCUCUGCACUGAGAAACAGUUCAAAGCUGUAAAGUCCUGUCUGACCUGCACUGCCUCCUACUGUGAGAGUCAUGUCAGACAUCACUACACCGUAGCAGCUCUGCAGAGACACACCCUGGUGGAGGUGACUGGAAACCUGGAGCAGAAACUGUGCCAGCUCCACCACAGAGCUCUGGAGGUCUUCUGUAAGACAGACCAGGUUUCUGUUUGUGUUCUGUGUGCCUUGCAGGACCACAGAAACCAUGAUGUCAUAAAGAAUGAGAGAGACACUGAAGAGGUGGGUGUGUCUGUAGUCUGGACUAAUGUGUGUAGAUAG